AUUAGAGCCCCAUCUGUAAGGGACCGCCCGGCGGUACCACUAGCAGCACUCCACUGAUCAGGCGUCCCCAGCGUACGGAGUCUAAGCCCCAGAAUACUUGUUCACCAGAGCCCCUGAUGGUGGGGAUGGACUUGGAGUAGCCCGGGACCAGGUCGUGACUACUGAGGAUACCAGUCAGUGGUAGGGGUAUUCGCCAGGAGACCCCGUUGAGAGGGAUGGAUGGAUGGCUGAGCAAGUGCAAAGUCAGGCAGGCCGGGUCGGUAACUGCCAGGUCAGCAACAGCAGGUCAGAUCCAAUAGGGGGCAUCCAGGAGAGAGGUCAGGCAAGCAAGGGUCAAGACAGGAGAAAGCAGCAAGGUCAGGGCACAAUCCGGGUC